AUGGCUUGGUCAAUGCCGAUCUCAUUAUGUGUAAGUACUACAAAUGCGCAUGAAAUAGAGAAAUCCUUUCGAGUGCCACCCUGACGGUGUGUUGUGCACUGACGAUGAAGCUCGUCGCUCUGCUUCUGCUGCCCUUCGCGGUUGCUCUCGCUAGCACUGUACCCUUUAAGGGCUGUCAUCAAAAGGUGAAAGAGAAUAUCCAUGGUCCACCCAGUGGGUGGUACAAGCAUGCUCCCGCACAAAAGCACUACAUACUCGAGCUCAAGAUCGCUCUCCCUCAGCCCAAGUUCCCGGAACUUGAGCAGCACCUCUGGGAGAUAAGCGAUCCAAGUCACGCACGUUAUGGGGCAUACUUGUCGAAGCAAGAGACAGAAGCACUCAUGACUCCCUACCCUGAGACUCUGGACGUCGUCGGCGAAUGGCUUGCCUUACACGGUCUGACAGAAGAAGAUGUUAUCCGUUCAUCUGCACGCGAUUGGGUUACUAUUCGUGUCCCAGUCGGUCUCGCAGAAGAGAUGCUGGAUACUACUUAUCAUGUUUACAAGCACGCUGAGACCGGCGAGAGUAUCGUCCGGACCACGAGCUACAGUCUCCCUGACAUCUUGCACCAUCACGUUGAUUUUAUUCAGCCUACGACCAUGUUCGCUCGUUUCAAGGCGUUCAAGAGCACGAUGCACUGGGCUAACCAGGCGCAGCCUGUGGUCUCGAGCCCGCCGGGCGGAACGAUCACAGGGCCUGCGGGCAAUCCCGUUGAUGCGAGCUGCAACUACACGAUCACCCUUUCUUGUUUGAGGCAGUUGUAUAAUGCAGAGAGGUAUAAAACAACUGCCACAAACUGCAACAAACUGGGUAUCACUGGUUUUAUUGGCCAGUAUGCCAAUAAUAAGGACCUUCAACAAUUCUACCAAGACCAAAAUCCUUCUGCUUACGGUUCAAAGUACACUUUGGUUUCCAUCAACGGCGGAAAAGACAACCAGAGUUAUGAUGCGGCAGGAGAUGAAGCCGACCUUGACACUCAGUUUGGUUUCGGACUCACAUGGCCCACUCCCGGAACGUUCUACACAACUGGUGGCGAGCCCCCUUACAUCCCCGACUUGCUAACGCCGAAUAAUACAAACGAGCCAUACACAUACUGGCUUGAGCACGUACUUUCACAGGAUGAUAUUCCUCAAACGAUCUCUACCAGUUAUGGUGAUGAUGAACAGACUGUCCCGUAUACCUACGCGAUCCGUGUUUGCGCUGGUAUGGCGGCUCUCGGUGCUCGCGGAGUCUCUUUGUUGUUCUCCUCUGGUGAUAAUGGUGUUGGUGAUUCGAAUAGCAAUCCUGCCACGCAGAUAUGUAAAUCCAAUGACGGGCGUAACGUUACACAAUUCCUGCCGACGUUCCCCGCUUCCUGUCCAUACGUGACUUCUGUUGGUGGUACUGUCAACAUCCCAGAGACUGCCGCAUCCUUCUCCAGCGGUGGAUUCAGCAACUAUUUUGCUCGUCCUGCGUACCAGGAGGCUGCUGUCUCUGUGUACUUGGCGAUGCUCGCUCCCGGCACCUACGAAGGUCUCUACAACCCGCAUUUCCUGACGUGGCAGCACAAUCAGAAUACUUCUCCACCAUUUCGAGGCCAGAGGAGUCCAGCCGGUGGUACAUCCUGUGCUGCGCCCACAUUUGCCGCAUUUGUAUCCAUGCUGAAUGAUGCACGCAUCAAUGCUCAAAAGACUCCUCUUGGUUUUCUGAACCCAUUCUUAUAUUCCACUGGCUACACAGCAUUAAACGACAUCACUGAUGGGAACAACCCAGGAUGUGGAACUCUGGGCUUCAAUGCCACUGUUGGAUGGGAUCCUGUCACUGGAUACGGCACACCCAACUUCGAGAAAUUGAAGGAAUUGGUCUUGGCCAUGCCUUGA